AGUAAAACAGCAGCCAAAUGGAGCGUCCCUCUGGGUUCGCAGGCCCCGCCCCCCGCCGCCUCUGAUUGGCCCGGCGCUCCAUCACUCAGGAAAGGGCGUUUGUCAUUGACCGGAAUGCCUGAGGCAUUCAGAGGCGCUGUGUGGAGACGAAGCGAGGAAGUCACCAAUCCCAGCCACACGAAGUGACUUUAGGCGACCAAGGGACUGUUUAUUUAGCCUUGGAGAGCUCGAAUCACUUUCACCCGCUCUGCUCCACGGGACGCGAAGUCAUUUUGGCAUUCCUUCCAGGAUUCACGCGAUUUUUUCCGGACGCGUUCCGCGCGCGCUCUGGCCGGAGAGCCCCCGGUGCGCGCUGGAGGAAACCGGGACUUUGCGCAACAUCGCCUCCGUACCAUCAUGAGUUAGAUCGGACGCUUCCACCCGCUCCAGACACGCGCAAAGCACUUUUUUGUUUUGCACAAAAGGACACCUUGAGCGGAGGUUUUCGUGCGGGACGCAUGGAGGACCCCGCGUAGAGGCGCUCGAAGGAUGCCGUCCCGUCCUGAGUUCGGGACGUCUGGCCGCUGGACGCUGCAGUUUGUCCUUCACGUCUGAGAGAGAUGGCUUCCGAGGUGGUGUGCGGUCUGAUCUUCAGGGUGCUGUUGCCGGUGUGUCUGGCGGCAGCAUGCCUGUUCAGGUACAAUGGACUGUCCUUCAUCUACCUCCUCUACCUCCUCCUCAUCCCUCUGUUCCCCGAACCCUCCAGCAUAACCAUGCAAGGUUACACGGGGCACUUGCUGAAGUCUUUAUGCUUCUGCAGUAUGACCUUCCUCUUCAUCCACGUCGUCUAUCAAAUCACCAUCCACAGUUUGCUGGCGGCGAACUCCAUCAGUUCUGAAUUCAACUGUUCGGUGUGGGAGAAGUCAAUACGACAGAUUGGUUUCGAGAGCGUUAUCGGGGCGGACGCAGGCAACGGUAUCCGUGUUUUUCUGCCGGACAUCGGGAUGUUCGUGGCCAGCGUGUCCGUGUGGCUGCUGUGCAGAAAGCUGGUCCACAAGCGUCCCGGUGAAGAGAUGGCCCAGGACAACCAUGACUUUGAGCCCGAGGAGAAGUCCGUGUUCUGUGUGCAGACACAGGAGGAGAAUGACGAGAAAGCGGAAGACGACGACGACGACGAGGACGACGAGAUGCUCUACGACGAAGACUUCGAUGCAGAAGACGAGGCGGAGGAAGAGGAUGGAGAGAGAAGAGGUCUGGACGAGGAAGAGGAGGAGGAGGAGGAGGUGCAGGAGAGCACGAAGAUGAAGAUUCUGCGCAGAGUCGCAGGAGUCGCGAACAAACUCAAAGAGAUCAUCGGUAACCUGAUCACGACCGCCGGACAAGUGGUGGUUACCAUCCUCCUGGGGUUAACAGGUGUCACGCUGCCCUCUCUGACCUCGGCCGUCUACUUCUUUGUGUUUUUGGGUCUGUGUACGUGGUGGUCUCUCUGCAAGACCUUCGACAAGCUGCUCUUCAGCUGUCUGUGCGUCCUCAUGGCCAUCUUCAGCGCCGGGCAUCUCAUCAUACUCUAUUCCAACCAGUUCCAGUUCCUGCAGGAGGCCAUCAGCCUCAACGACAGCUACACCAGUUUGUUUGGCAUCUCCUCCAUCGUUCGGACCGACUGUUCCUCCACCUGGAAGCUUGCCGUCAACAGCGGUCUGAACUGGCAUCAUUUUGUCAAUCCCAUCAUGCUCUUGGUGCUGUACUACACUCUGGCCACCUUGAUCCGUCUGUGGCUGCAAGAUCCCAUGAUCAUGCAGGAGAGCGAGGAAGAGGAGAUGAACGAGGGAAACGAGGCGGCGGGAAACAGCUUCCUUCACUCGUCCAUCGGGAAGAGGCUGCUCUGGUGGAAAGCGCAUCAGAAAACGGAGGAACGAAAUCUGAUUUCCACUCAGGACGGGUACAGCACCUCGGAGGUGGUGGUCGUGAACUCAAACGGGACGUCGUUUGAUUACGUGUCCGCCGUGCCCAUUGAAAACGGACCGCUCAGUCUGGACAUAUACUCAACCCCUCAGUACAAAGUGGAGCAACCCGUCGAAUAUGAAGAGAAGACGGAUGAAAACACGAACGAGAUCUUGGACUCGCAGCUGGAAGAGGAAGAGGAGAAGACAGACGAGGAAGACGAGGAGGAAGAGGAAGAGCAGGGCGGGCCGCCGGGCGCUCUCGUGAAAGUCUUCAAGUUCGUCAUGAAGCAGAGCUACAUCUGUGCUCUCAUCGCUAUGAUGGCGUGGAGCAUAACGUACGUUAGCUGGCUGACGUUCGUGUUUCUGCUGUGGUCCUGUACCCUGUGGAUGGUACGAGACCGGAGGAAGUACGCCAUGAUGACCUCGCCGUUCAUGGUGGCCUACGGGAACCUGCUGCUGGUCCUUCAGUAUAUCUGGUGCUUUGAGCGCCUGAAGCCAGUGCCGGGCUUCUUCCUGAAGAUGGAGGUGCCCUUCACCGAACUGAGCACCAAGGUUCUGUGUCAGCUGAGUUUCUGGCUUCUGCUCAGACAAACUUUGAUGGAAAGACAAGAGAAGAUGGAAGAGGAAGCAGCGCUGUGUGACGUCCAAGUAGACGAGCAGAAAAAAGAGGAAGACAAAGAGGAAGAGGAGGGGGACGAGAACGACCUGAUGCACGUGAUUGGGAAACUGGUGAUGGCCAUGCUGGUCAAAUACUGGAUCUACAUCUGCGGGGGAAUGUUCUUCUUCGUCAGCUUCGAAGGAGAUAUCGUCAUGUACAAGAUUGUCUACAUGAUGAUGUUUCUGUCCUGCGUGGCUCUUUACCAGGUGCAUUAUGAAUGGUGGCGCAGGAUCCUGAAGUACUUCUGGAUGUCUGUGGUGGUCUACACCAUGCUAGUGCUCAUCCUCAUCUACACCUGUCAGUUUGAGAACGCCAUCGCCAACUGGACCAGCAUGACGGGCAUACCAGUAGAAGUACUGAAGGACAUCGGUCUGGUGAAGUACAGCCUGGCCAAUCUCUUCACGCGUAUCUUCAUCCCUUCGUCCUUCCUGCUGGUCUGCAUCCUGCACCUGCAUUACUUCCACGACCGCUUCCUGCAGCUCACCGAUCUCAAAGCCGUCAUCAGCAAAGAGCAGAGCACCAUUUACAGCAUCAAGCAAAAAAUCUCUUCUUCUCAGAGCAAACUGGCUCAUCCUGAAGGGAGUCUGGCGGAUCUGACCAUGAUGAGCACAUCUCCAGAGCCGCUGCUGAAGGAGGAGAAGGAGAAAGAGUCCAUUAACGAGGUGCUGGUUGUGGACUGUGUGGAGGAGGAGAAGAAGAAAGAGUCUCUGUCCAUCCAUUCAGCUCAUCUGUCCAGUCAGGAAGACAUUCAGCAGCAGUUCAGUGCCGCCACGGAUCCAGAACUGCCCUCAGAACAGAGCUCAGACCUCAAGAAUAAAUGGCAUUUGGUGGUGGACCGUCUCACCGUCCUGUUCCUCAAGUUCCUGGAGUACUUCCAUAAGCUGAAGCUCUUCAUCUGGUGGCUGCUGGAGAUGCACAUCAUCAAGAUCGUGUCCACUUACAUCAUCGUGCUAGCUCUCAAAGAGGUCUCGCUGCUGAACUACGUGUUUUUGAUCUCGUGGACGUUUGCGCUGCCGUAUCAGCAGUUUCGAGUUCGUGCCUCCAGCGUUUGUACCAUCUGGACGUGUGUCAUCAUCAUCUGCAAGCUGUUGUAUCAGCUGAAGUCUAUCAGGCACUCGAGUUACUCGAGUAAUUGUACAAAGCCGAUCAACGUAACAGAUGAUCAGUUUAACACAAGUCAUUCCCUGCUGUACCGGGAACCUGUGGAUCCUGCAAACUGGGUCGGCCUGGAGAAGUUUAAAGAUAACACUCCAGAACUGGCCAACCUGAGGAAUAACUUGUUGAUGUUGGCCAUCUUGGCGUUCGAAGUCACCAUUUACAGACACCAGGAGUUUUUCCGUCUGAGAAACAAACUCUCUCCUCCUCCCUCUCGAACCAUCUUUCACGCCAUUACCCGGCAACACCUUGACAACGGGAUCAUCAACUGUGCCAAAUACUUCAUCAACUACUUCUUCUACAAGUUUGGUUUAGAGGUGUGUUUUCUGUUGGCGAUCAAUGUGAUGGGUCAGCGGAUGGACUUCUACUCCAUGCUGCAUGGUUUGGCUCUGGCUGUGGUGAUGUACAGACGCAGAAGGAAAGCCAUCGCUGAGAUCUGGCCCAAAUACUGCUGCUUCCUGGCCUGCAUGAUCACCUUCCAGUACUUCGUCUGCAUUGGAAUCCCUCCGGCCGCUUGUAAAGAGUAUCCCUGGAGGCGUCCUGGCUCCAUGUUGGAGUCUAACGUCAUUAAAUGGCUUUACCUUCCUGAUUUCCACACUCCCCCCAACUCCAUGUUCCUCGUGUAUGACUUCAUGCUGCUGCUGUGUGCGUCGCUGCAGAGGCAGGUGUUUGAAGAUGAAAACAAAGCUGCCGUUCGUCUGAUGGCGGGAGAUAAUGUGGAGAUCUGCCGAGACCUGGACGCGGCGUCCUUCAGCGUUCACAACCCCGUACCGGACUUCAUUCACUGCAGGUCGUACCUGGACAUGCUGAAGGUGAUCAUGUUCAGCUACCUGUUCUGGUUCGUCCUGACCAUCAUCUUCAUCACGGGCACAACUCGGAUCAGCAUCUUCUGCAUGGGUUACCUGGUGGCGUGUUUUUACUUCCUGCUCUUCGGUGGGGAUCUCCUGCUCAAGCCGAUCAAGAAGAUCCUCCGUUACUGGGACUUCCUCAUAGCUUACAAUGUCUUCGUCAUCACGAUGAAGAACGUGUUUGCUAUUUUGGCGUGUGGUUACAUCAACUAUUUGGUGGACAACAGCUGCUGGUUGGUUCAGCUGCUCAGUCUCGCCUGCACCAUAAAAGAAUACAAGGUUCUAGAAGGCAAAGAAGUACAAUGUGAGAUGCCAAAGGAUGAGGCCGGGAUCAUCUGGGACAGUAUCUGCUUUACGUUUCUCCUGCUGCAGAGACGCGUCUUCAUGAGCUACUACUUCCUGCAUGUGGUGGCAGACAUCCGCGCCGGACAGAUCCUCGCUUCUCGAGGAGCUGAGUUGUUUCAGGCCAGCAUCGUGAAGGCCGUGAGAGCUCGUCUGGAGGAGGAGAAGAAAUCCAUGGAGCAACUGAAGAGACAGAUGGAUCGUAUUAAAACGCGACAGCAGAAGUUCAAGAGAGGAAAAGAGAAGAUGCUCAGCAUGGCUCAGGAGUCUGGAGACGAGCAGAAACUCAUCCAACCGGACGACAACGAGGACGACGACGACGACGACGAGAAAAAGAAAAACAAGGUGCAAAAAAAGCAGUGGUGGAGGCCUUGGGUUGACCAUGCGUCCAUGGUGAGAAGCGGUGAUUAUUACCUGUUUGAAACUGACAGUGAAGAGGAGGAGGAAGAGGAGGAGAAAAAAGACGAAGAAGCACCCAAGAGAUCAGCCUUCCAGCGAGCGAUCAGAAAGUUUGCUUCGGCCCUCGUGGCUUUACCCAGAUCAGUCAUUAAACUGCCCAAAACUGUUCUGCAGUAUUUAAUCAGGGCGGCCAAGUUUGUGUAUCACACCUGGAUCGCUGACUCUAAAGCAGCCCUGAAAGAAAAAGGCAAAGGGAGACGGCAUUUCUGGAAGCGUUACGGCCGCAGGCGUAGAAAAGACAAGAAAGAAGGUCAUGUGGCGAUAGAGAUGGCUGAUGAAGAUCGUCAGAGUUCAGAGGAAGACAAAAUGGAAGGACCGGACAACAUCUUCAAGAGGGUCUUCAACAUCAUUAAGUUCACCUGGGUGCUGUUUCUGACCACCGUCGAGAGCAUCACCAAGUGGCUGAACUCCGUCUGCAGGGAGUACAUCGACAUCUCCACCGUUCUGCGUAUCGAGCGCUGCAUGCUGACCAGAGAAGUCAAGAAGGGAAACGUGCCGUCCCGCGAGAGCAUUCAUGUGUAUUACAAGAAGCAGAUGAAACUGAACGGAUCUCGUGAAUCUGGACUGGACCGGAUCAGUGAGGAGGACUCGUGCUCGAACAAAGAGCGCCGCAGACGAGUCGGUCACAGCCUGGACUCCUUCGCUUCCAGAGACAGCAUCUCCAGCGCGUACACCGAAGCCACCAUGCUGUUUUCCCGCCAGUCCACCUUAGACGACUUGGACGACAUGCCUCAGAAUAUUCCCAAAACCAGCGAACGUGCUCGUCCCAAACUGCGCAAAAUGUACGGUCUGGACAUGUCGAACUCCUCUGCGGACAGCGGAAGCAGCGCCGUGUCCAGUGAAGCUACUCAGUGCGUCACACUCUUCUCUCGGCAAGGAACCAACGAUACUAUAGACGAGGUGGAGGACGAAAGAGAACAGGUGCAGGUGAGAGAGGAGGAAACCAAACCUGAAGGAGCAGAUCACGAGGACGUGACGAACGAGCCGGAAGAGGAAGUGACACGGGGAGAAACGGGUGAGCUGGAAGAGGAAGUGACUGGCGAGCCAGCCGUGGAAGUGACGGGUGAAUCGGCAGAGGAAGCCGCACAGGAAGUGGAAGAGGAAGUCCAGUGGGAUUUGGUGGAUCCAGAGGAAGCAGUUGAAGAUGCUCCUCGGCCGGAUUGCGAGGAGCAUCGAGAGGAAGAGCUGAGCGUCACUGAAGAUGAGGACGGUGACCAGCUGAUCCGGCGGGACGAAGGUGAGUCUUCAGGAGCGGAGAACGCACAGGCGGACGUGAUCAGCAGGCAUCUUUUCACCCCGGACACAGACGGCCACAACACCUCGGACGCCGACGUGCCGCCCAGCUACAGCAAAGCCGUGAGCUUCGACCGUCUGUCCGUGAGCUCGGACGGGAGUGACAGUGACAAACGACUGAUGCUGAUGACCCCUGACAGCAGAUCCGACCUGGACGACCCUCUGCUGCCCUCCAUGACCACCGAUCUGACCGCCAGCGAACUGCUGCUCAACAAAAUGUUCUACGACGAGGAGCUAGAGAACUCUGAGAGUUUCUAUAAGUCGCAGCCGCUCGGGCUCCAGCUGUGUUACGCUCUCUAUAACCUGCUGGUGGCUCACUCUGAGAUGGUCUGCUACCUGGUCAUCAUCCUCAACCACAUGAUCUCCGCUUCCAUGGCGACGCUGGUGCUGCCCAUCCUCAUCUUCCUGUGGGCGAUGCUCUCCGUUCCUCGGCCCAGCAAGCGUUUCUGGAUGACGGCCAUCGUGUACACAGAGGUCACCAUAGUCGUCAAAUACUUCUUCCAGUUCAGUUUUUUUCCAUUCAACCAGAACCUGGAUGUGAACAAGGGGAAGCCGUAUCAUCCUCCCAACAUCAUCGGCACAGAGAAGAAAGAAGGAUACGUGCACUAUGACCUGAUUCAGCUGCUGGCGCUCUUUUUCCACCGAUCCAUAUUAAAGUGUCACGGUCUCUGGGAUGAAGACGACCCUAAAGCAUCAAGUAAGGACGAGUGUCUUCAUCGGGACGAUUCUAUGGACGAGGGGAAGAUGGCGGUGUCGAUUCCACCUGAGGAAGAGAAGAAGAGCUCUCCGGCGUACUCUCUGAAGUCUGUGAACCUCGGCAUGUCCGUGGACUCGUCCCAGGUGCACGUGCAAAUACUGUACCCUGAGCACCGGCCUCACCUGCAGCGGCAGAGCACCAGCGGAUCUCACCUGUCCCGCCGCUCAUCGGUGCGCUCCAAACACGGCAGCACAAGCACACGGAACAGCUUUCGUCGAGAAAACAGCACAAUAGAGCCGGAAGUACCACAGAAGAGCCGCAAAGAAAUGAUUAUGGAAAAGAUCCGAGAGCAGCUCAUCAAAGCAAAGGUUUAUCUGAUCAAAAAAUUGGUUGAGUUCUAUCAGCCCAUCCGUCAGUUCUUCUAUAACCUGAUCCAUCCCGAGUACAACGCCGUGACGGACGUUUACGUCUUGAUGUUUCUGGCAGACACUGUUGAUUUCAUCAUUAUCGUCUUUGGAUUCUGGGCGUUUGGGAAACAUCAGGGUGGUGAUAUCACAUCCUCGCUGUCAGAAGACCAGGUUCCUGGGCCGUUCCUCGUCAUGGUGCUCAUCCAGUUCGGCACGAUGGUGGUGGAUCGCGCCCUGUACCUCCGCAAGACGGUGAUGGGAAAAGUGAUUUUCCAGGUCAUCCUGGUGUUCGGCAUCCAUUUCUGGAUGUUUUUCAUCCUACCAGGAAUCACAGAGAGGCGCUUCAGUCAGAACACUAUCGCUCAGCUCUGGUACUUUGUGAAAUGCAUUUACUUCGGUCUGUCAGCGUAUCAGAUCCGCUGUGGAUAUCCCACUCGCAUCCUGGGAAACUUCCUCACCAAGAGCUACAACUACGUCAACCUCUUCCUCUUCCAGGGGUUCCGCCUGAUCCCGUUCCUGACAGAGUUGCGGGCGGUGAUGGACUGGGUUUGGACGGACACGACCCUCAGCUUGUCUAGCUGGAUCUGUGUGGAAGACAUCUACGCUCACAUCUUCAUCCUCAAAUGCUGGAGGGAGUCUGAGAAGCGUUACCCUCAGCCACGUGGGCAGAAGAAGAAGAAGGUUGUGAAGUAUGGAAUGGGCGGCAUGAUCGUGAUGCUCCUGAUCUGCAUCGUUUGGUUCCCGCUGCUCUUCAUGUCUCUGGUCAAAUCUGUGGCAGGAGUGGUCAACACUCCACUGGACGUGUCCGUCACACUCACGCUGGGAGGACUUCAGCCGAUCUUCACGAUGAGCGCCCAGCAGAACUACGUAAAAAACGUGUCUUCUGCAGAGUUUAAGAAGUUUUCUGACAAAUAUGCAAACGAUGCAAGUGCCCAGCAGUUCCUGGAGUCUUAUGUUUCUGAGGAUUUGACAAUAGCCGAACUAAAAGGAAGUUCCAACUCGCUCUGGACCAUCAGCCCCCCGAGCAAGGCCAACCUCAUUACAAUGCUCAGUAACAAAAACGAGAAGUUUCCUCUCACCUUCACCUGGUCCAUACAGAGGAACCUCAGUCUAGGUGCCAAAGCCGAAACUGCAAUAGGGAAACAUUACAUAGACUUGGACGGACCUACGAGAAGUACGCUAUCGCAACUACUGAAUGGAAAUAGCGAGAAAGUGAUCAUCAAAAACAUUUUUCCAAGAUACAUCAGAGCACCGAGCGACUCCAACGCCAAGCCCAUUGAGCAGCUUUACUCCGGUAAAGAAUACAUGAGCAUCACGCUGUCCUUACAUAAGUCCAGCAGAAAUAGCUCAGAGGGCGUCCAGGAGUGGUGGAUCGUCAACCAGACAGAACCAGGACCCUUGUCCAUGGGCAUAGCCAGGAACGCAAACGAAUCUGGUCUGGAGCUCUACAUCAUCAGCGACCAAGUCAGUCCACCCAGUCUGGGCUUUCUGGCUGGUUAUGGGAUCAUGGGUCUGUACAUGUCAGUGGUUCUGGUUAUCGGGAAGUUCGUGCGCGAGUUCUUCAGCGGGAUCUCGCACACCAUCAUGUUCGAAGAGCUGCCCAACGUGGACCGGAUCCUCAAGCUGUGCACCGACAUCUUCCUGGUCCGAGAGACGGGAGAACUGGACCUGGAGGAAGACCUGUACGCCAAACUCAUCUUCCUCUACCGCAGUCCAGAAACCAUGAUCAAGUGGACCAGAGAGAAGAGUGAGUGAGGACGAGGACGCUGACCUUCAGGGGAACUCCAAACUAACCAAGAGAAGCACAAAUAGUGGGAAUUGCGCCACGGUUGGAUUGAACCGGAGAAGCGUCGUUCUUCAUGGUAGUUUUCAUCCAGUGGACGUGCACUUGCUAGUGUCUUUAAGGGCUUUGAUAAGUGAACUUUAGGGCUUCCAGGCAUGCGCCACUUUGACACGACUCUCACUUUCGGGAGUGCAUGCGACGUGAUGGACGUAGACGAGAAAUACUCGACCUACUUCAGACUUUGGGCUUGAUUUUUAACGUCUCUCUGAACUCCGAAAGCCCUGUAGGUGGCGCUGUGAAUUACGUGACAAUCUCUAUUUGCCUUAUUUCAUUUGUACAAUCAACUAGACGCGUCAUUAUCCAUCACCCUUCUCAGGAAUACAUUCGGAUCAUUUCACUACGACGGGAUAUCAACCUUUUUUCUCAUGUACGACAAAAGUGUGAAGAGGAACGGUAACAGCUUCACUCCUUGGGGACUUUAAGGAGAUCAUCUGUAAUUUAUAAAUACAGGUUCGGAAGGAUAUUUAAUGUUUUAUAAGGCUUGAAGUACAGUAUAGUGACUUUUCAUAACUAAUGGGAGAUUGUUUUCACAUUAUGAGGAACGAUUUAUCAGUUGUUUUUUAUUAUCUUUAUUUAGGAGCCUCAUUCGUGGAUGCGUUCUGUGUACAUUUCUUCAUAUAUCCAAAUGGUUUUCUGAAUGGUUUAAAUAGAAAUGAGUUCAGAAGGAGUUUAGUUACUGUGUAUAUUUAUUUGUAAAUUCAAAUGAUUUUAUGAAUGGUUUACAUGGAGUCAGUGCAGAAAAUGCAUUUCUGAAUCCAUUUCUUCAUAUUAUUUCUGAAUAAUUUCUCCAAAAAUUUCAGAAAAAUUUUUGUAUAUGUUUCCAUGUGCAUUAUAAAUCCAAAUCAUUUUAAUUCUUAUUUAUUUAGAGUGAAUUUUGAAUGUUUCUGUUUGUAAUUCUCGAUUUGCACAGUUUUCAUUGAGAACGAAUUUUGAAUAAAUUUCUUCGUAAAUAAUAAAUUAUUUUAUGAAUGAUUGACACAAAUUUGUUCAGAACUAAUUUUAAAUGCAUCUCAGUGCUUAUUUCUUCAUGAAUCCAGAUGAUUUUAAGAGUUAUUUACACUGAAAUAUUUUCAAAAAUGAAUUUUGAAUGUUUCUUUGGUAAAUUCGAAUGAUUUAUGAUGCAUUUCUGUAUACAUUUUUCAUAAAUCCAAAUGAUUUCAUGCAUGAUUUACACAAAACACAUUAGAAACAUUUCAAACGAAUGUCUGUGUAAAUCAACAUGACUUUACACAUUAUUAUAUUACAAAGAAAUUUAUUCAGAAUGAAUUGUCAUUGUUUCUGUGCAAAUUUGUUUUUCAUGAAUCCAAAUCGUUCUCUAAAUGAUUCACGCAGAAAUUUGUUCGAAACCGAUUUUGAAUGCAUUUAUAUGUAUUUUUCUUUCAUAGAGCUAAAUCUUUGAAGAAUUAUUUACAUAGAAAGUGAAUUCUGAAUUGGUUUGAAACGAAUUUGAAUGCGUUUCUUAUUAUUUUAUCAGUGAUUUACAGAGAAAUGUAUUGAACACUGCGCAGAAUUCAUGAAACAUCGUUUGCGAACCCAUUCUCGCAAUGCAACGAAAGCGUUGCGCUUCGUUCGUCGUGCAACGCGAACAGAAGGAACAUUUUAGCUUGACGUGUGGUGAAAGGGGACGGCGUCCUCGAAGGCGUGAGGGAUGUAGAGUUAUUAAAGAUGCUUCGCCAGGACUGUUGUGCUCGUCAGAAAGUUGUUUGUACAUGAGGAAGAAUCUGACUCACAUUUGUACUACGUACUUAUAUUUAUUUGAGCAAUACGACAGGCGGAUGGACCGUGAAGGACAUGAAAUCCAUUUUUAUCCUACACCUUUGGCAGCCAUACUCAGGAAGGAGCUUUCUAUGAACCGCUGGAGUCUCCGCUAGGCUGUAGAUGUAUAAUGGGAUCGUGUAUGUAUGUGUGUGUGUAUAUAUAUAUAUAUAUAUAUAUAUAUAUAUAUAUGUAUGAAUAUAUGAAUACGCAUAUAUUUCAGUGUGAGCUCCACGCCGACGGAUCGUGUUGUGCUGAUGCUUGAGGAGAACAUUCAAUAUCGAUUUGAGUCCAUCUCUGAACUAUGCAUUAAAGACAAUGUAGCAUGAAUGAAAAAUAAUGUUUGACAUGAAACGCUUUCAUUACUUUCUGUGUGUGCCGGACUUUUCCAGCGACGUCAAAAAAACUGUAGCUGGAUGAAACGGGAAAUGGGAGAUUACUGACUUCAAAUAAAGCACACAAUUAAAGCA